AUGUUUGCUAGAGUCACUAAAUCUAAUAAGUUUUUGCCAAUUGCAUUUGGCAUCGGCGCAGCUGCUAUCGCUUCUGCGGCAUUUUAUAACAAGAGCGUUUUGAUGAAUGAAUCCUCGAAGGCAUUUGUUGGUGACAACCAAUGGAUCGAUUUGAAGCUUUCCAAGAUCGAAACUCUGUCUCACGACACCAAGAGAUUUACCUUUGCCUUGCCUCAAAAGGACCAAGUCUCUGGUUUGAUCACCGCAUCUUGUGUGUUGGCCAAGUUUGUCACACCAAAGGGCUCGAAUGUUAUCAGACCAUACACCCCAGUCAGCGAUAUUAAUGACAAGGGUGAGAUUGAGUUUGUUAUAAAACACUACGAAGGUGGUAAGAUGACCUCUCACUUAUUCUCCUUGAAGGAGAAUGACACUGUUUCUUUCAAAGGCCCAAUUGUGAAAUGGGAAUGGAAGCCAAACUCUUUUGACUCCAUUACUUUACUAGGUGCAGGUACUGGUAUCACACCAUUGUACCAAUUGGUUCACCACAUUGCCACCAACCCAGCUGACAAGACCAAGGUCCAUUUGUACUACGGUAACAAGACUCCAUCUGACAUCUUGUUGAAGACUGAAUUGGAUAACCUGCAAAAGAAAUAUCCUGAUCAAGUUAAGGUUACUUACUUCGUUGACAAGUCUGAAGGUAAAUUCGAAGGUGAAACUGGUUUCAUCACCAAGGACUUCUUGUCUCACAAUGCUCCAAAGCCAAGUGAAAAGAACCAAGUCUUCGUCUGUGGUCCUCCACCUUUCAUGAACGCUUACUCUGGUCCAAAGGUUUCUCCAACUGACCAAGGUGAAUUAACCGGUAUCUUGGCUGAAUUGGGUUACUCCAAGUCAAAUGUUUUCAAAUUUUAA